AUGAUUCCCAGCUUGGCCCAGGCAUACAGGAGGCGAUGGUGGCUGGCCAUCACAGCCAUCAUGGAGAACUUGCUCUUCUCUGCUGUUCUUCUGGGUUGGGCCUCACUGCUCAUCAUGCUGAAGAAUGAAGGCUUCUAUGCUCACCUUUGCAUCGAAAAUGCAACUGACAGUAACUGGACAUCCGUCGAGCGCAGUGGUUGGAGGAGUUGUGUUGAACAAGACGAGAUGCUAAAUCUGGGCUUCACUAUUGGCUCCUUCCUCCUGAGUGCAGCAACGCUGCCCCUGGGGAUCCUCAUGGACAGAUAUGGACCCCGCCCAAUCAGACUGAUUGGCAGUUCAUGCUUUGUUGCAUCGUGUGCGAUGAUAGCUGCAGCUACCUACAACCCUGAAGAGCUGUCCAUCCUCAUCUUCUUUGCUGUCUCCUUCAACGGCUUUGGAGGAAUCUGCCUGACCUUUACCUCACUGACGCUCCCAAACAUGUUUGGGAAUUUACGAUCAACCAUUUUGUCGCUGAUGAUUGGUUCCUAUGCUUCCUCAGCCGUCACCUUCCUGGGAGUCAAGUUGAUUUAUCAUCUGGGCGUGUCGUUCCGGGUCAUCAUGUGGGUUUGGACCGGCAUGGCCUGUCUGGUCUUCCUCAACUGUUUCCUGAACUGGCCAGGAGAACCCUUUUCAGGCCCAGAAGACAUCGAUCACAUGUCAGUACCUCCUUUAAACCCUCUAAAGUUAGGAACUGAUGCAAUGCUGGCAAACAUGGUCCUAAGGGACGAACAGGAGCUGAAAACAGCACCUCAGACUGAGGAAAAGCCGCAGGUGGCCUGCGAUUCUCAAUCGCCUCCACCUUUCGUACCUCUCUCCCAUUCUAUCUGUUCCCCCGUCUUUCUGUGGAGCGUUCUGGCCAUGGCCAUCACUCAGCUGAGGCUCAUCUUCUUCAUGGGGGCGAUGAACAAGAUGCUGGAGUUUCUGGUCACUCAUGGAGAUCCCCAUCCUUCAGAAGAGCUGCAGACAGAGGUGGAGGAACAAGUUGGUUUCUACUCGUCUGUCUUUGGUGCCAUGCAGCUUCUCUGUCUGGUGACAUGUCCUCUGAUUGGCUACAUCAUGGACUGGCGGAUGAAAGAAUGUGAUGAGGAAUACCCAAACAUGCAAACAAGCAAGAGCCAACCAGGCACCCCAAAGAGAGACCGAACAAUCCAGAAACUGACCAAUGCCAUCAGAGCAUUCAUCUUCACCAACCUACUUUUGGUCUUCUUUGGGAUCAUUUCUUUGAUUGACAACUUGCCUAUACAGGUGGUGUCGUUUGUUCUUCACACCGUUGUGAGAGGAUUUAUCCACUCUUGCUGUGGCGGUCUUUAUGCAGCUGUGUAUCCAGCCAACCACUUUGGUACACUUACUGGUUUUCAGUCAACCAUCAGUGCAGCAUUCGCCUUACUCCAACAGCUUUUGUUCAUAUUGAUGGUGGGACAUCUACGUGGAGACCCUUACUGGAUCAAUGUGGGCCUUCUCAUCUUCUCCAUGACUGGCUUCCUGUUGCCAAUUUAUCUCUUCUACCACCGUAGAAAUCUCAUCAGAGAAAAUGCACAUGAAGAUCUGAUCGCUGAACAAACAAAAAUAGAUAACUUUCCUCUAACACAGACACCAAAUGGACAAACUUUUUAA